AUGGAUCAACUGGUUUGGCUUUCGUUUUGCAUUUCACUCGGUCUCUUGCUCCUGGGCAAUUUCUCCGCCGGCCUGCCGUUCGAGGAUGGCAACAAUAACAACGUCAAGAUCACCCGCCAGAGUUUGGAGCUGACCCAAACCAUCAACAUCCAGCGUCAGGAGUACAUGCAGCGGCAAUGCGAGCUGCUCGGGGAGCACAGCCAAACCCUGGAGGAUCUCAGCGAGCUCCAGAUGGAUCACAUGAUCGUGGACAGGGAGCACAAGCUGCUCUACUGCUAUGUGCCAAAGGUUGCCUGCACGAACUGGAAGCGGGUACUGAUGAUGCUCUCGGACAAGUGGCACAAUGGUACGGAUCCUCUCCAGAUUCCGGGAUCUUUGGCCCAUUCGGUGGGAAUGUUUACCAAACUGUACGACUUAAGUGAAGCGGAACAGCAACAGGUUCUCAGCGAGGAGUAUACGCGAUUUAUUCUUGUGCGACAUCCGUUUGAACGACUGCUGUCCGCUUAUCGGAAUAAGUUGGAGGGGGAUUCCCCGAGUGCCAAGUACUUCCAGUCACGGGUGGGUCGCCAGAUCGUGAAGGAGCUUCGGCAAGGAGCCAGUAACGAUUCCCUAGAGCAUGGUGACGAUGUAAGCUUUCAAGAGUUUGUCCAAUAUCUGGUUACUCCCGAGCUAAGUCGAGCCAAUCAGUCGGAUUACAACGAGCAUUGGGAAGUUAUAGCCAAGCUAUGCAAUCCAUGUGUGAUGAAAUACAACGUAGUGGGCAAAUACGAUACUCUUUUGGACGAUUCCGCACUGGCACUUUACUUGGCUGGAGCAAGCAAUCUUACAUUCCCCACUGGCCACAAACCAUCGACCACAAGGUCCAAUCUGCGCAAAUAUUUCGAUCCCCUGCCCAUUGGUGUCAUUCGAGAGUUGUACGAUAUCUAUGAGGAGGACUUCCGUCUCUUCAACUACGGAUUAGAUGAAGUCCUUGGCUUCGAGUUUGGUUGAUUGCGAUCGCUUGCUGUCUCUUUAUAUUUACAAGUCACCACCAUAACGCUUUCCACUGGAAAAGAUUGUGAUUUUAGGAUAGGAUUCGUAGAAUUGUAGAAGUGCACUCCCAUGCGAAUAUUAAUUUAAUUAUGCAUACCUCCCCGCGCACAAAUAUUUUCCAGGGUUUUGAUUUUAGGUCCUCCAAAGCAACGUUUGUUUUUUUUAUUUUAAUUAGUUUUAAGAAACUCUAAGUGUACAAUUUAAUACAGCCAUAAAAUGAUAAACAGAUGUCAUUCAUUGGUUUGUUACUGGUAUAUCAUAAAAUAGGUAAGGCAUAUUGUAAUUAUUGUAUCACUGCCAAAACUACAUGCAAAACCCAAUACAAAACCCGGGUUUACUCCUUCGUUUAUUUGUCAAGGAGAACCCUCAUAUCCGAACAGUCACGGUUAAACAACUUUCAUAUAGUAAUGUAAAAUUCUCGUCCGGUAAAUUCCAAAUUUUGAUGUUGAAGGGGCUGACAUUUGUGAACGCAUUAAGUAUGCGUAUAAAUCUGUAUACGCAGUACAUACUUGUUUUAUUUUCAUAGAUUUUUUGUUACCAGUUUGUGUCAGCAGGUUAAUUUUAAAGAAACAACUUGUGCUUAAUUGAUGAAUGUGUUUUUUGUUUACGAAAAUAUGUUAUCUUGUUUGGUUAAAUAAUAAAUUCGUGUAAAUCAAA